CUUGCACUACACUACACAAACCAAACAUUACCCUUUGGCUUUGGCCUUUGCCAUUUCUCAUUGAAAAAAUAACAAAAGUUCCCCUAGUGAUCUUUUUGAGUUAUUAAAAUCAAAUUAAAAUAGGAAAAAUGAAGUUGGAAAAUGGCCAAAAAAUUAUGAGGGUUCAUGAAAGAGCUGAGGGUCCUGCUAAAAUUUUGGCAAUUGGGAUAGCAACACCUUUUCAUUGGGUUGAUCAAACCGCCUAUCCUGAUUAUUAUUUCAAAGUUACAAAUAGUGAGCAUUUCGUGGACCUCAAAGAAAAAUUUAGACGUAUUUGCAGCAGAACAAUGAUUAGGAAAAGGCACAUGAUUUUGACAGAGGAAAUAUUAAAGAAAAAUCCCAAUUUGUGUUCUUAUAAUGGGCCAUCACUUGAUAUAAGACAAGAGAUUUUGGUCUCAGAAAUACCGAAACUUGGAAAAGAGGCUGCCCUUAUGGCUAUUGAUGAAUGGGCUCAGCCCAAAUCAAAAAUUACCCAUUUAGUCUUUUGUACAAGAAGUGGUGUUGACAUGCCCGGUGCCGAUUAUCAGUUGAUCAAGUUAUUGGGCCUGAGCCCAUCGGUUCAACGUCUCAUGAUGUACCAACAAGGUUGUUUUGCUGGUGGCACGGUGCUUCGAUUAGCUAAGGACAUAGCUGAGAAUAACAGGGGUGCUAGGGUACUGGUCGUGUGUUCUGAGAGCUCAGCGAUAGGGUUUCGUGGGCCGAGCGAAGCUCAUCCCGAAAACCUUAUCGCGCAGGCGUUGUUCGGGGACGGUGCGGCCGCUGUUAUAAUCGGGUCGGACCCUAAACCGGGCCUAGAGAGGCCAGUUUUUGAAAUCGUAACAGCGACCCAGUCGUUCGUCCCUAAUGGGGACUGCCAUCUCGCGCUGCACCUGCGUGAGAUGGGGCUUACGUUCCAUUGUACCAAGGACGUGCCACCCACUAUCGCGAAAAAUGUAGAGAGCUGCUUAAUAAAGGCGUUUGAACCAUUAGGAAUUUCAGAUUGGAACUCGAUGUUUUGGAUUCUUCACCCGGGAGGUAAUGCGAUUGUGGAGCAAGUGGAAAGUACAUUGGGCCUAGAGCCCGAAAAGUUACGGGCCACGAGAAAUAUCCUUCGAGAAUAUGGAAACUUGUCGAGUGCAUGUGUCUUGUUCAUAUUGGAUGAGAUUCGAAAAAAAUCCGCUAGAGAUGGGCUAAAGACUUCAGGAGAUGGGCUGGACUUGGGAGUCCUUUUAUCAUUUGGGCCUGGGCUUACAAUUGAGACAGUUGUGCUUCGAAGUCAGCCCAUUUAACAUGCUCAAUAAUGAGCCGCCCAAAUUGUUGGUGGAUCUUUUUACUUGGGCCUGCUUAUUUUGUUAAUGGUUAUUUUUCAUUUUUUGGGGUUCCUAAUAUGGUGCAUGUACUAAUCAAAUAAAAUAAAUGUUCACUAUUUUCAGACAUAUUAUUUACAAUAUGAUAAAUAAAUAUCAGUAUUAGCUCC